AUGGGCCCGUACCGUUCAUGGUUUUGGAAGGACGACGGUGACAAAACCACCAGAGUGAACCGAGCGAACGACGAAGAGAAGCCCAGCGCGGAGACUUCGUCGGUGGGCGGCCGGCUUUUGGCCGUGAAUAAACCCGUCCAGGAGGUUGUCGAGGACUGGCAGAAGAACAACCCGCAGAUUCCUAUCGUUGGGGUCAUCGCCUUCUCCGACGGCGCAUUGGUGGCCGCGUUGCUGAUUUGGCAGCAACAGACGGGAAGGCCGCCGUGGUUCCCAAAGAUGGAUGUGGCCAUGUUCAUCUGCUGCUAUUACACCGAGGAGGCCACAGACUACAUAAAGACCGAGUCGCCGGAUGAUCAAAAGGCGAUCCUGAUGAACGUGCCGAGUGUGCAUCUCCAAGGCCUGCAAGAUUUUGCUCUCCAAGGGUCGCGGAAACUGGCCGCGACGCACUUUUCCCCUGGAAACGCCGACAUACUACAGUUUCAGGGCGGGCACCACAUUCCCAAACGCUCGCUCGGCGCGUCGGCUGUCUUAUCUAGGCGCCAAGCCACUUGGUUCUCUCGGAAAGAUAACAGCACCAGCAGCAGCCCUGUCUCCACCCGGCCAUCUCUAUUGGCUGUUGAUAUUUCUGCAUCAAGCUACGAACGUGCUUUUGAUAACUCGCUCUUCUUUUUAUACUCGGUUGCCCUUAAGAAACCCCCACUGACCUCUAUCUCACACAAACACGUCGCGUGGCCACCGGCAUCCGGGACGAUGGAAAAACCCGUCAACGACACUUCUGUGUCCAUCGGCGCGCCGGAAAAACGCGAUCAUGUCGACGAAAUACCCCCGAAAGAUCUCAGCAAUACGCAGGAGGUGGUGGAGGAUGUCGAAAAACAGGAGUAUAUUUCCGGCGUCCAGCUUUGGCUGGUGCUUGCCUCGGUCACUCUUGUUGCCUUCGUCAUGCUCCUCGACAUGUCCAUCAUCGCGAUUCCUCAAAUCACAAACGACUUCCAUUCCCUUGGCGACGUCGGGUGGUACGGCAGCGCCUUUCUCCUGGCCAAGUGCGUCACCUGCGCCCUCCAACCUCUAGCUGGCCGGCUAUACACAUUGACGAGCUACAAGUACACUUUUCUUGCUUUCCUCUUCGUCUUCGAGGUCGGAUCUGCCGUUUGCGGAUCUGCCCAGUCGUCCAAGGCAUUGAUAGUCGGUCGAGCUGUGGCCGGCAUCGGUGGUUCUGGUAUCAUGAAUGGUGCCCUUACCAUCGUCUCUGCCAGUUCCCCCAUACACAAGCAACCGCUCAUGGUAGGGACCAUGAUGGGAUUGAGCCAAAUGGGCAUCGUGUGUGGACCGCUCGUUGGAGGCGCUUUCACACAGGGAGCUAGUUGGCGAUGGUGCUUUUACGUCAACCUACCCAUUGGUGCUCUGGCGGCUGUUCUGCUCCUCACCAUUCGUAUUCCUGAUCAUCGCUCCCCUGAAAUUGCGUCUGGACAAACGCGUUUGAAAACAAUAGUUUCCAAACUCGACCUGACUGGCUUCCUCCUUUUCGCUGGUUUCGCCAUCAUGAUAGAGCUGGCACUCUCGUGGGGAGGGUCCGAUUACCCCUGGAGCAGUCCUACCGCGAUCGGCCUGUUCUGCGGGGCCGGCGUCUCCUUGGCCAUCUUUGUGGCAUGGGAGCACCGCGUUGGUGACGAUGCCAUGAUCCCAGGCUCUGUUGCCUGCCGGAGUGAAGUCUGGAGCGCAUCCCUUUACCUAGGCUUCUUUUCUGGCGCGUUACUUUGCUUCUCAUACUACAUGCCCAUCUACUUCCAAGCGGUCAAAGGAGCAUCCGCCCUUAUGAGCGGUGUUUAUCUCCUCUCCGGGAUCUUGCCUCAGCUGGUCAUGGCCAUCUUGUCCGGCGCACUUAUUGGAAAAAUGGGAUACUAUUUACCUUGGGCAUUGGGUAGUUCCGCCAUCAUGCUUGUUGGCGCUGGUUUGACGACAACUCUAACGGUGCAGGCAACGGUUGCUCAGUGGGUUAUGUAUCAGUUUGUCGCCGGAUUCGGUCGAGGCUGUGGCAUGCAAACGCCCGUCAUUGCGAUCCAAAACACGCUCCCAGCCAAGCAAAUCCCGCUCGGCAUGUCACUAGUCAUCUUCACACAGACCUUCGGAGGGUCCCUCGCGCUGACGAUUGCGCAACUCGUCUUCAACAGCUGCUUAGAAGCGGCCAUCCCCAAGUUCGCACCUACGGCAGACGUGGACGCCAUAAUCUAUGCUGGCGCAACCGGUUUCUCCUCGGUGGUCACUCCAGACGAGCUUCCCGGUGUUUUACGCUCCUACGCCUAUGCCAUCGACAAGACUUUCUACGUUGCGCUGGGUGCUUCAGCAGGGACGUUUUUGUUUGCUUGGGGCAUGGGAUGGCGAAAGAUUCAGCAAAAGAAGGGCAGUGAUCCUUCGGGCGUUCAAAUCCAAACAGCAUCGGGUGAUGGAAGCAGAACAGAGAGCAAUGAGGCUUAG